CCCCGCCCCGCUGUCCCGCCUCUCACUCCCAGGCAUCACCAAUUCACCACCGAGCGCUUCGAUCGCGACGGCGGUGACGUCACGGUAACGGCGGCAGCUUUAAGUUGUGGUGCCGCGGAGGCUGUGGGAGGUGGUCGGAAAGGUCUGGUGCGUUAACAGGAGCUUUUACACACUGGAUGAACUGAAUAAUGACAACGAAGCAGCUGGCUGAGCAACUUGGCUUGAUAAGAAAACGCUCAUCGGUUUCUGUUAAAGGCAACAAAAAACCUAAAUUGAAUCAGUAUUUCUCGUACCUAAUUAUUAUUGAUUUUGAGUCUACCUGUUGGAAAAAUGGCAAGUCUUAUUGUCGUCCAGAAAUAAUUGAAUUUCCUGCAGUGUUACUCAACACUUCCAGUGGAGAGAUUGAGGCUGAAUUUCACAUGUAUGUUCAGCCUCAGGAACAUCCAAUCCUAUCAGACUUUUGCACAGAACUAACUGGUAUUAAGCAGUGGCAGGUUGAAGCUGGAGUUCCUCUUCCGAUAUGUCUAUCACAAUUUUCCCGUUGGAUUCAGAAACUGCAGCAGGAGAAGAAUGUUGUUUUUGUGAAAGGGGGAGCUCAGCAGUGCACUCCUGACUCGAGACCCUGUGCUUUUGUAACUUGGUCAGAUUGGGAUCUGGGAGUGUGCCUGUACUAUGAAUGUAAAAGGAAACAACUCAGAAAACCAAAUGUUCUGAACAGUUGGAUUGAUCUCCGAGCAACUUACAAGCUGUUCUAUAAUCGAAAGCCAAAAGGUUUAAAUGGAGCUUUGCAAGACCUGGGCAUCGUCUUUUCAGGACGUGAACACUCUGGCUUGGAUGAUGCCCGCAACACUGCUCGUCUUACUUGGCAAAUGAUCUGUGAUGGCUGUACCAUGAAAACCACCAAAUCGUUGGACAGGGUUGCUCCAAUGAGAAAUCCAAUUGCCAGAUUACCGACUGUAAACUCUCUUCCAGGUGGCAAAACCUCACAAGCAAGUCUCUCUUCUGAAGACCUAGACAAUGGGUGUAGAACUAGUGUGUUUUCUGAAAAUAGUUUUCAUAACACAAAGACAGCUGAAAACAAGCAGAUGAGUGCACACCAUGAAUGUAAAGUCACAACAAAACAACAUAAACCAGUUUUGCCAACUUUGACUAAAACUGGUAGGCAACACAUGGGGACCAUUGAUUGUGGAAAUGGCAGUGAUGCAAAUGCUCAUUAUCAGAGUUUAAUAUCCCCCAGGACUCUGGUCAAUGGGCUUUCUACUUGCAUUGAUCAUGGUAAAGCAAAGAAACCUCAACUUUAUGUUAACAACAAUAUUAAAAAUCUAAUUACAGUGGGUGUUGAAGAAACUAAACCCAAUGAGAGUGUAAGCAACCUGUUGCUUGUGUCUACCACUAUUGACUCGGUCACCAGUAUCUCCAAUCUGGAUGUUAGCUACUCAGAGUCUGAGAUCCCCUGGGAAUAUUGGGAAGAGUCUGCCAUGCUACCUCUAUCGGGGAAUGAUCAUCCAAUAGACAAUGGAGAACGAGGGAAAAACUGUAAGGAAUCAAGUUUGAUUGAAAAAGAAUACACUACAGAAGACUGUUCAUUUCUAGAUUUGCCACUAAACAGAAAGGAUGACAAAUUGCCAGAAGCCAAUAAGUAUCAGGCAGUGGUACAUGGAAACCUUCAAACAAUAUAUGAUGUAGCUGAAGAUAUGAAGCAAGCAAAAGAUCAGCCUAUCUUUAAAGUACCCAAGGUGAAGGUUCCCAAUGUCCAGUCCAGCCGUUUCAAUGUAGGCACUGAGUCUUUAGCACCUUCUGUUCUGUCCUUCCAAUCAAAUAACUAUUUACCUGUUAGUGUUAAAAGAAAAGAAACACACUCAAGUCCCUUCAAACCACCCAUUUCUAAGAAGCAAUCAUUCACUGUAUAUUCAGAUGAAAACUCAUCCCCUAAUUGUUCCCUACCCUCAGUUGAUAAGACAGAUUCAAGAGUUGUUCCUUCAGCAAACCAUUCAUACCUAGCGCAGUGUAAAUUGAAUGGUGAAAAGAUUACUCCUCCGCUGUGUGGAUGUGGUCGUAGAGCUAAGAGGCUUACUGUGUCAAAACCGGGGCCAAACCAAGGGAAAGCCUUCUACUCCUGUACUAUGGGGAAAAGAAAUGCUGACAAUAGCAAGGGUUGUGGGUACUUUAAGUGGGAGUGGGCAUUGAAGAAAGAGAGAACCUCUUCAGCCUCAUUUGCAAAUAAUUUUGGUACAAAUUCAUCUGGAGCCUUUCCUUCUUCCCAAAAGAAACAUCUAGGCCUCCGAUUUUCCUUCCGGAAUUAAUAAUCUAGUUAUGGGUUUGGAUCGAGUUGUAUUUAAUGUAGUUUAUAAAGCAGUGAAUUUUUCUGGCUUACAGAAAAGUUGAAGUAGAAUAGUGUGCUAUAAUAUUUUUGUGCACUCAAACUAUCUUGCUUGGGCUUCUUUUCCCUCUUAUAUAAUUAAGCAUUCAUGUCCAGGACCUUGUGGAAGAUUUCCAUCCAGUUUCCAUCGGACCUUUUUCUCUGAAGCUGGGAUCAAAUGCUGAGAUUUAUUCCAUGAGCACUAAUUGUGCAUUGAUAUGCCUAAAUGAGGAAGAGGUAAUUGGUUUGGGUUGGGAUGGAAAUUGCAAUUGAGCCCAACAUUUUCCUGGUUAAUAUGUGCUACUUUUAUUGUGUUUGUGUGUCUACAUCUGCUCACUUGCUUUCAUUCCCUACCACCAUUCCAUUUUCAACAAUUUUCAGUAUUCUAGUGCUCUGCAACUAGAGAGAUUGAAAAGUUGGUUUUAAUCAUAAACCACUAGUUUUUUUAUCAACACAUUUUUAUAUAAAGAAACAUCAAUGUAAACAUUUUGAAAUUCUCUUGUAGUAUUUUUCUGAGUAAUGUUCUAAUGGGGUAGUGACUUCAGCAAUCAAAAAAUUAUGUGCAACCAUACACUUUUGAUUUCCAGUCACUUGCCCAUUAGAACAUACAUUUUUGAUUGUGGUGGAGACUAAAUUUGUACUUUUGAUGUUGGCCUUCAACUGGAUUUUAUCACUGGCUUAUUGAUUCCAACUUGAUAACAAAGUCCUUGAUUGUUUUGCAAAGUACCAGCUUUCUUUGAGAUGGAAGGAAAAUAUUCAAUAGAAUGUGUCUAGUUCCAUAAUUGUCUCAUUUUAACUGUUUUUAAAUGUUUUAAUAUUUCAUUUUUAUACUCUUAUUUUUGUUCCUUAUAAAGUAACUGCACUGCAAAAUUGUCAAGUACUUAGGGAUGCUAGGGCAUAAGAUGCUAUAUAAGUUCAUUUAUAAUAAAUGACUUCAAUUAAACAA